AUGGUGCACGCGGGCAGCAGCUUCCAGUGGGACAAGCUGUCGCCCGCAGAGUUCCAGCAGUUGCAGGAGUUGACCUCAUAUUCCACCAAGAAACUCCAAGAUGUUCUCAAAGAGUUCUGCGAAGUCAAAAAGCAGAGUUCUGACGGGGACAUCGACUAUGAAGGUUUCCGUUGGUUCCUGGACACCUUCCUCGAGGUGUCGGCCCCUGAUGAACUGUCUCGCCAUCUGUUCCUAUCAUUCGUGAGGCGCGACAGACGGCCGGCGCUGCGGGAGAUGGCGGCCGCGAGCUCCACCGCCGCCUGCGCCGCUGUCACCGCGCACGCCGACCAUCAGGGCAAGCUGAGCUUGGCUUCCAAGAUCCACGGCUUGGCAGAGCGGCUGCAACAGCUCGGCAAGAGUUCGGGAGACUCCGUCGAUGGCAGCGAUAAGGGGUCCAGGAGUCGGACUGGGAGCGUCCACCCAAUGUUCACAGUCACCACUCACCCGUCAUACUCCUCCCACGAGCUGUGCCUAGACAGGCGCAACGAGACCAGCCCCAGUCACAGCCAGAUGUCCCGGAAUUCCAGUCGCAAGAGCAGCAACUCGCUGCGGGUCAACCAGUCUACUAAGAUUGAAGAUUUCAGACACCUAAUGCGGCGGUCUUCGACGCUAGAAGUGCACACGGCGCGGGUUUCACUAAAAGACAUCGUAUGUUACCUCUCGCUGUUGGAGGCUGGCAGACCUGAAGAUAAGUUAGAAUUCAUGUUCCGUCUUUACGACACUGAUGGUAACGGCGUGCUGGAUACCAACGAGAUGGACUGCAUCGUCAACCAGAUGAUGACGGUGGCUGAGUACCUCGGCUGGGAGACGUCUGAGUUGAGACCUAUCCUACAAGACAUGAUGGUGGAGAUAGACUACGAUGCUGACGGUACCGUGUCGCUAGACGAAUGGAAACGAGGAGGCAUGACAACCAUCCCUCUUCUAGUCCUACUAGGUUUAGACACGAACGUCAAAGAAGACGGCGAGCAUGCGUGGAGACUGAAGCACUUCAGCAGACCAGCGUACUGCAACCUGUGUCUCAACAUGCUGGUGGGAUUGGGGAAGAAAGGCCUUUGUUGCAUCUUCUGCAAGUUCACGGUGCACGAGCGGUGCGUGCAGCGAGCGCCGGCGUCGUGCAUCGCCACCUACUCCAAGUCCAAGCGAGCACCAGCCACACUCGCGCAUCACUGGGUCGAAGGUAACUGUCACGGCAAAUGCGCGCGGUGUCGGAAAAAGAUCAAAGGGUACAACGGGAUUACUGGACUGCACUGUCGAUGGUGCCAUAUCACUCUACACAACCGCUGCGUGGGCAGUGCGGGCGGCGCUUGCUCCCUCGGCAGACACGCGCGGCAUCUACUGCCGCCCACCGCCAUCCGACCGCUCGUGUUAGACCGCCAGCGCUCGCUGCCGCAUCGACCGCAGCAUGAUCAGCAAUCCCUCCCCACCUCAAUAUCUCUUCCAAUAUCAAUAGCAGCGACUUCAGAAGAGAAGAAAGAAGAAAGAGAGAAGCGAGAACCUCGGGCCCCGCCCAUCUCCUUUCAGAUAACGCCUCCUGACGGCUCCUGUCCUCUCCUCGUCUUCAUCAACCCCAAGUCUGGAGGCAGACAGGGUUCCAGGGUGCUGAGAAAACUCCAGUAUAUAUUAAAUCCGAGACAGGUCCAUGAUAUUGCGAAAGGAGGACCUAUGCAAGGGUUGCAGAUGUUCAAAGACGUGAAGAACUACCGCGUGAUAUGUUGCGGAGGAGACGGCACUGUUGGAUGGGUGCUGGAGACCAUGGACAAAGUCCAGAUGGAAACCCAGCCGGCUGUAGGGGUAAUACCACUGGGAACUGGUAACGAUCUAGCGAGGUGUCUACGAUGGGGAGGCGGGUAUGAAGGUGAAUCAAUUCAUAAGAUCUUGGAUAAGAUAGCGCGGGCCAGCACCGUUAUGAUGGACCGAUGGCAUAUCGUUGUGGAAAAUACUACUACGGAUUGUGAACAACCUCAAAUGCCUGACUCAGCGCCGCAUCCAACGGUGGUGCCAUACAACAUCAUCAACAAUUACUUCUCUGUUGGCGUUGACGCAGCAAUCUGCGUGAAAUUCCACACAGAACGGGAGCGCAACCCUGACAAGUUCAGCUCUCGCAUGAAGAACAAGCUGUGGUACUUUGAGUUCGCGACUUCAGAGCAGUUCGCGGCCAGCUGCAAGAAUUUACAUGAGCAUAUUGAUAUUGUGUGUGACGGCGCCUCGCUAGAGCUGAGCAAGGGUCCUGCACUGCAGGGCGUAGCGCUACUGAACAUCCCGUACGCGCACGGCGGCUCCAACUUAUGGGGCUCCAGCGCCGCGCACCGCCGGGGCAGGUUCCCUAACGCGCAGCAAGAUAUCGGUGACAAACUAAUAGAAGUAAUAGGUUUGGAGAACUGCCUGCAUAUGGGCCAAGUGAGAACGGGUCUCCGAGCAUCAGGCAGGCGCCUGGCACAAUGCAGCUCCAUCACGCUCACCACUAAGAAGACCUUCCCCAUGCAGAUAGACGGGGAACCCUGGAUGCAGCCACCUUGCAAGAUAACAAUAACCCACAAGAACCAAGUUCCGAUGCUGAUGGGACCAGCUCCUGAAAAGGGGCGGGGCUUCUUCAAACUCUUCACGCAUUGUUAACCACUUCAGUCUAUUAAGAAUAUUUAUCAAUCUAUUGAUUAAUCAAUCAUAUUUUACCUUAA